GAGUUUGUGUUUCUGAUAAAAAAAACCCGGAAGAUCAGUGAAAGUUGAAACCCUAGCAAGAAUAAUGGAGGGAUUGAAGAGAGCAGUGGGGGACGCCAUGGGAAAGAGUGAAUAUGGAAGCAGCAGCAGCAGCAGCAAAGUUGUAACAGCAGCAGCCAACAUCUCUUCUUCACCAUCUUCAUCUUCCUCCUACGACCGCUCUGCCCAGUUGCUCAACCGAUCUCACAGGCAAGUUGUUUCAGUGUGGACCUGCUCCAAGUUAUGUGCAUUUUGCUUUGUCGCUGGGAUACUUGUUGGAUUUACGCUUAAGCGUCGUGUCCGUCGCUGGGCUUCCAGGCUUCUCAGGAGAUUGAAGGAUGAUUAAGGUUUUCUCUACCAUGUAAUCAAGUACAUUCUGUUUCCAUUGUCAACCAACUGGAUAAAAUAUGUUACAUUUAGGUUUAUAUUUUGAAUUUAUCUUCUUGAAUUCGACCACUUCUUACUUCUGGACGUUCAUCUUUUUUCUUAACUGCACUGUUAGUUACUGUA